AUGUUCAUAUAUAUCUCUAUCGAUUCAUCUAUCUAUCUAUCUAUCUAUCUAUCUAUCUAUCUAUCUAUUACAGACAUUCAUUUGUCUCUCUCCCUCUCCCUCUCUCGGCCUCCUGACCGUGAUAUAUCUCAGUCUGUACAUGUUUAUCUAUCUAUCUAUCUAUCUAUCUAUCUAUCUAUCUAUCUAUCUAGGAUCUAUCUAUAUCAGACAUUCAUUUUCUGUACAUCUUUUAUCUAUCUAUCUAUCUAUCUAUCUAUCUAUAACAUCUAUCUUUGUAUCUAUCCCUGUUUCAUCUAUCUAAAUGAAGUAAUCUAUCUAUUUAGUAAAAUGUUUAUCUAUCUAUCUAUCUAUCUAUCUAUCAUGUCUAUCUCAGUCUUUUCAUAUCUAUUUCACUCUAUUCAUAUAUCUAUCUAUCUAUCAAUCUAUCUCAGUCAUAUCUAUCUAUCUAUUUAUCUAUCUCAGUGUGUUCCUUAUCUAGCUAGCUUUAUUAUCAAUCUAUCUAUCUAUCUAUGUCUAUCUCAUCAUAUCUAUCUAUCUAUCUAUCUAUCUAUCUAUCUAUCAAUCAGGUCUCUCUAUCUAUAUAUCUAUCUCACACUGGCAUUAUCUAUCUAUCUCAGUCUUUUCAUAUCUAUCUCACUCUGUUCAUAUUUAUCUAUCUGUCUUUACAUAUCUAUCUAUGAAGUUUCUAUAUCUAUAUAUCUGUCUCACGCUGACAUAUCUAUCCAUCAAUCUAUCUGUCUCUGUUCAUAUCUAUCUAUCAAUCUAACUAUCACACUCUGUACAUAUCUAGCUAUCUCACACUGUUCAUAUCUAUCUAUCUAUCUAUCUAUCUAUCUAUCUAUCUAUCUAUAUCUAUCUAUCUAUGUCCAUACCUAUCGCAAUAUGUUUCUAUUUUAUUAG